AUGGGGUAUGAUGUAACCCGUUUCCAGGGGGAGGUUGAUGAAGACCUUAUCUGCCCUAUUUGCAAUGGCGUCUUGGAGGAGCCAGUACAGGCACCCCACUGUGAACAUGCUUUCUGUAGCUCCUGUAUCACCCAGUGGCUCUCUGAAAAACAGAUAUGUCCCGUGGACCAUAGCGUUUUGACGAUUGUCCACCUGUGCCCGGCACCUCGUAUCAUGCGGAACAUGUUGUCGAAGUUGCAGAUUGCCUGUGACAACGCUGUGUUUGGCUGCUGUGCCGUUCUUCAGCUUGAUGACCUCAUGUCCCACCUCAGAGACUGUGAGCACAACCCGAAGCGGCCUGUGACCUGUGAACAGGGCUGCGGCCUGAAGAUGCCCCAAGAUCAGCUGCCAAAGCACAAUUGCGUUAAGCACAUGAUCUCAGUGAUACAGCGGCAGCAGACACGCAUUGCUGAGCUGGAGAUGAUGUCAGUGGAACAGAAACACCAGCUGGAGGAGCAGAAUCAAGACAUCCAGCUGCUAAAGGCAUACAUGCUUGGGAUUCACAGCGUCAACCCCAACCUUCAGAACCCGGAGGAGACAACUGACUACAACGAGGUCCUAGAGUGGGUGAGUUCUCUUAAGCCAGCAAGAGUGACCUGCUGGGGAGGGAUGAUCUCAACCCCAAACUCUGUGCUCCAGACUGUGAUCAAGCACUCCCUGGUGGAGAGUGGCUGUCCCGCCUCUAUUGUCAACCAGCUGAUUGAAAAUGCUCAUGAGAGUAACUGGCCCCCUGGUCUGGCCACGCUAGAGACAAGACAGACGAAUAGGCACUACUAUGAGAACUACAUGGCCAAGUGCAUCCCUGGCAUGCAGGCUGUUGUCGUGAUGGCCUGUGAAAACCAGCAUAUGGGAGAAGACAUGGUGCAAGAACCAGGACUUGUCAUGACAUUUUCUCAUGGUGUGGAGGAGAUAUAG